UGCACAGUGAGUCUGGGAACUCCGAGGCGCGUGCACACACCCACAGCUGGACACAGCCUCCUCCGGGAUUAUGAAUCGGCCGUGCGUCUUGCAACUUCUCUUCCUACUCGUGGCAACGCAAGGUUGUUUAUGCCUCCGUAUGCUGAGCCUGGAUGUCCCGACUGCCGUCAUGCGAGGCGAAUCCAUCUGGCUCAACUGUACGCUGGAUCUAGAGUCGGACGAUCUUUAUUCGGUUAAAUGGUAUAAAAACGAUGUUGAGUUCUACAGGUACUUGCCCAGAGACAAUCCAGCAGGGCAGAAGUACGACCUUCCGGGCGUAUACCUGGAUCUAAGUCGCUCCGUGCAGGGCAACGUCUUCUUACGAGAGACCGACCUGAACACUGAAGGGCUGUAUCGAUGCGAAGCGUCUGCAGAAUCUCCCACUUUUCAAACAGUAGAAGGAGAAAAGAUGCUCAAGGUUUACGUUCUUCCGGACGAAAAUCCCAAGAUCCUGGGCAGCCAGCCAAGAUACGAGGUAGGCGAUAUCGUGAACGUCACAUGCAAAUCAGGACCAUCGAAACCUGCAGCACAGUUAAAAUGGUUCAUCAACGGAAAAGAAGCUGAUCCUAUGAUGGAAAGAAAGUACGCAAUGCAAGAACACUUGGACGGGUUGAGUACUUCCACUUUAGGACUGCUAUUCGUUGUACGCCCCUCGGACUUGCACCAGGGCAGUGCCAUUACUCUCCGUUGCACGGCGACAGUCUCGCAGACUUACUCAACCACCAGUGAAGAACUGAUCAUUGGAGACAAAGAUCCGGAGCUUUCAUCGCCUUCAAAUCCUUUCACUGUGAUCGCCCGUGACGGUCCUGUGAUCACAGGUGGCCAGGCACACUAUCGCGUGGGUGAUCUUCUCGACGUCAACUGCUCAUCUACCAAAUCACACCCCUUACCAGAGCUGCAGUGGUUCCUCAACGACAGAGAGGUGAGCCAAGAUCAUGUCAUCCGGUAUCGUAAUCAACCAGGACUGCUGGGUCUUCGCAUGCAGGUACAGCCCCAUCACCUGGAUGAGAAUGAGGAGAUGCGACUGAAGUGCACGGCCACCCUCUCCAGGGUCAUCAACACGAGAAGUGAAGAGACAACACUCGGUGGCAACCACAGGACAUCUGGACUCACGGUAGCCGAGAACUUCGGAAAAGUAUCAGAACGAAGCAGUAGCAGCAACAGCAACAGUGCCGUUAGCACCACCUCAGUCUGGAAUGUGGCAAUCUUUCUGGGGCAAGCCUUCCUUCUGGUGACGCCCCUGCUUUGACACUCGUGAGCUGGAGAUUCGAGGUUUCCCUCUAGGAAACGACCUGCACUCGAAACUUCUAGUCAAGACUGCUGGACGGACUCCUCCCGAGUGCGCGCGUUAAGGGCCAAAGUAGAUUUGUGUCACAGAUGCAAAAACACUCUACAGAUGAAGUCUAUGGAAUUGUUGUUGUUUAUUUUCUGUUUUUCCUGGAUGGAAGACAGUUGCUAACCGUGGUUCUAUGUGAUGUUCAUUGCCGGCGACAUGGGCAUGCGCGCAUUGCAGUUUCAGGGCGGACAUUGUCUCUGAGUUGACCUUUUAUUACAGUUGAAAUGGUCUCUAAAAUUCAUAUAGCUUGUCAUUGAGCAUGUAAAUAUUAAUUAUGCCAGGAAAAAUGAGCUCUGUAAGGUUAAAUAAGUGAAUUAUGAAGUCGUAGCAAUCAGCAAGUAUCUGCAAUUAACUAAACAGUGAAAUGACAGUGUUUGAACAUAUGAAGGGGAUAUCACUGUAUUUGGAUUAAAAUCUUUUCUUUCAUUAUUAAAAUUAAUUUCAUUCUAAUGUGAUUAAUUGACUUCUUUUAAAUUUUUUUUCUUGUUAUGAAUUUAUUUCAUAAAAGAUUUUAUUUAAAUUGAUCCUUUCUUUCUGUGAUUAUGAUUUUUCUUAAUUUGUAUGAUUUAAAAACAUUUAAUCAAGAAGUUGAAAUAAAUAAUAUUUGUAUUAUUUAGGCUUAGAACAGCGUUGUUUUCGUGAAAUGAAAUGUAGAACAAUAAUAAUUAUGAAGAAAUGAAUAUCAUUUAUAAAACUAAAUCAUAUAAACGUUUUAAUAUGUCAUUGCAGCACUUGUUUCAUUUAAAACAUAUGUAUGAAAUAAAUUAAUUUUUUGAAAAGUAGAAAGCAAAAAUUACUGAAUAAAAUGUUAAAAUGUUAAAAUUUCUGAAAGAAUUAAUUUAAUUAAUUCUGUACAGUUUUAGUUUCGGUCAUUGUUUUUACUAUAAACCUUUUUAAAAUAAAUUCAGAAGUGACUGUAUAUCAACUAAUACUCUAUAUAUCAUCGAAUUUUAGUAUGUCACUUAUUUUUGCCAAUUUUUUUUUUUAUCUAGGAUAAUAUUUUUGUAUUGUAUUAUAGUUUUAUUACAUAAUUAUAUUAACUGAUAUAUAAAUACACUUUGUAACAAUACACUUCUUGUAAUCUGCAAUUUCGCUGAAAUAACCUUAUUCUUUUGUUGACCUAGAGACUGAGGCAAGACGCGCGUCCGCAUGUUGUUCGCGAAGUGAACUUUGUAUAUUUGUAUAUUAUAUGCAUGUAGCAUCGAUGUACCCAACUGAAUUCUGUGUCAAACUGCACCGUUGUAUAUGAAAUUGUAGAAUACUUGCAAUCCAGCGACGGGGUCUCACUCGAACCGACUUGUGCAGAGUUAUGUGUUUAGUAAAAAUGAAAUUUUGCUCUCAAUGAUGGGCAUAACUACGUUAAACACUCAGUUACAAUCUUCUGGGAAUUCGAACGUUAUUCUAAAAUAAUAAUGUUUUAUCCUUGUUAUCUUAUUCGUGAAAUUUAGCGUCACAAAAAAUAUUUAUUUUUUAUUAGUAACAAUAUUUUUUAAUCUUAUGUUGUUUUUGUUUUCUGAAUGGUAAAUAUGUAAUAAUAGAAGUUGCAAUUUUUAGGGAUAUGCGUAUUUGUUUUAGUAAUUCACAUAUCAAUUAAAACAUAUUCUUCAGUGCGGAAAUUAAGUUUGAAUCAUCAGUCGCGAAUUACAAAAGAGUGUUUUUCCUCCCUAUCUUAACAUAAAAUAAACUACUUACAAUAUUAAUGUGUGGAGAAUCAAAGGUGAAAAAUCGUUAUUUAUUCUUUACCUUUUACCUUGUUUCUCACAUUUAUAAAAUCCAGGUUAAUUACAUACAAACAUUGUAUCCUGGUACUCAAAGGAAAUCUUUAAGAGGAAGUACUUGAGUUUAUAAAUUAAACAACGAACUUUAACAACGACUUAUUUUUCUUCUAUGUAAUUAUUUUUUUGUUCCUCUAUCUCAUUUUACCUUUCAUUGCCAAUUCAAAAAAAUUUGUGAAAAAUAAUGAAAUUCCAAUUUAAAUUUUUUUCUUCUUCUAAAGAAGUACGAUAUUCAUAAUUUUUCUAAUGCUUUCUGUGGAUGAAACCAUACAAGUGUAUGAUACAUUAUUAUUAAAUUAUACGACUAUUAGAAGUUCAAAUAAUUCGAAAGAUUCAAAAAUAGUCUAAAAAUUCUCAUCAAAAUACUGCAUGAUUCAAAGACAUGUUUAUGAAAAAUUUUCUACAUAUCAUUUUAUAAUGAUGAAAAGAAAUUCUUCUUUUAUUUUUUCUCAUAAUUAUUAUGAUUUCAAUUCUUCGGAUAUACAACUGAGAUUUAUUUCAAUCUAAACAGUAUUUUUUUAAUCUUAUAUUUUCCAAAUUUUGUAGUUUUUAACAGUAUUAUCCUAAAAAUAAGUAUUAUCCUGCUUAAAAAUUACAAUUAUUGUAUAAUUAAAUUAAUCGAUUACCUAUCGGAAUAUUUUGCUUAACAUGAGCUUUAUGCUCGCAUUUACGACAGAAGCUAAAAUAAAUUCACAUGUUUAAUAAGAAAUUCGCUAAAUUGAAAUCGAAAAAUAAACAAUUUCUAACUUAUCAGUCUCAUCUAAAUUUUAGAAAAGUUUAAUACUCUAUGAAUGCAUGAAAAUAAUGAACUCUCUGCCAAGAAAAUUUCGAUUGGGACACACAAAAAAAUAUAAAAAAAAGAGAAUUUUUAUUAGAAAAAAAUGUGUUAUUUUAUGAUUAUAAAUAAAAAAAAGUUAAAUGA